AACAAUCCGUGCUUGCCUCCUCCCCAUCCCCCCCGGUCGCCCGCCAAAACUAGACAGACUCCUUGCUCUCUUCUCCGUCCACGCUAGCAAACAUGACCGUCCCCCUCAACGCCUCCACCAGCCAGGACGUCGACGCGCCCCCGCGCCCCAAGGAUGUCGGUAUCCUUGCGGUGGAGAUGUACUUCCCACAGCGCUGCAUCUCGGAGGAGGAACUUGAAGUCUUCGACAACGUUCCCAAGGGCAAGUACACCAUCGGCCUCGGACAGAAGUUCAUGGCUUGCUGUGACGACCGCGAGGACAUCAACACCUUUGCCCUCACCGCCGUAAUAUCCCUCAUUGAAAAGUACAACAUCGACCCCAAGUCGAUUGGCCGAAUUGAUGUCGGCACUGAGACGAUCAUCGACAAGUCAAAAUCUACGAAGACCCACCUCAUGGACUUCUUCGCCGAGGCCGGCAACACGGAUAUUGAGGGCGUCGACUCCAAGAAUGCCUGCUACGGCUCUACGGCCGCCCUGUUUAACGCUGUCAACUGGGUCGAGUCUUCUUCCUGGGACGGACGUAACGCGAUUGUCGUCGGAGGCGACAUCGCUAUUUAUGCGGAGGGUAGCGGACGUCCCACUGGCGGUGCAGGCGCUGUGGCGAUCCUCAUCGGCCCCAACGCCCCCCUCGUGCUCGAGCCGAUCCAUGGCACGCACAUGGCCAAUACCUACGACUUCUACAAGCCCAAGCUCGACUCAGAGUACCCCGAGGUCGACGGCCCGCUCUCCAUCACCGCCUACAUCUCUGCCAUCGACGCCUCGUACGCCGCUUACCGUGCCAAGCACGCCAAGGCGAAGAAGGCCGCGGGUCUCUCCGGCCCCGCCUUCUCGCUCGCCGACGUCGACUACCCCGUCUUCCACUCGCCCUACGGCAAGAUGGUGCAGAAGGCGCACGCCCGGCUCGUGUACAACGACUUCCUCGCGAACCCGGACAGCCCGAAGUACGCGCAGGUGCCCGACCGCGAGGCGUGGCUCGCGCAGCCGUACAAGGCGUCGCUGACGGACAAGAACCUAGAGAAGACGUUCAUCGCCGUCGCGAAGGCCGACUUCGAGGGCACUGUCGAGAAGGGCAUGCGCUGCGCGCGCCGCUGCGGGAACAUGUACACCGCGUCGCUCUACGGGGGCCUCGCGUCGCUGUUGUCGAGCGUGGAGCCCGCGGAGCUGAAGGGGAAGCGCAUCUCGAUGUUCGCGUUUGGCUCGGGCCUUGCUUCGUCGUUCUUCACGAUCAAGGUCAAGGGCGACUCGACCGAGAUCAAGGAGAAGCUCGACCUCGUCAGGAGGCUCGAGAGCAUGAAGGUUGUACCGUGCCAGGAGUACGUCGACGCGCUCACUCUCCGGGAGAAGAACCACAAUGCGGGUUCGUACGUCCCCGAGGGCUCGCUCGACAACAUCUGGCCAGGCGGGUACUACCUCGAGAGCAUCGACAGCAAGUACCGCCGCAAGUACGUUCGCGCGCCCAAGGCAUGAGCGACGUCUUCGGCAUGUUCUUUGUCCCCAUUCGCAUCGAUACACCCAUCUUUCCGACACACAUACACCUAAUCGUACACGCAUACCGCACUACUGUUACCCCAUUUACCUGCUUUCUGUUUUAUGCCGCAGCGACGAGUGCGUCGCUCGCUGUCAGGGAGUCAUCCGCGGGAUCGAAUACUGCUUUUCGCACCCCUUCGAGGAGGGCCGUCUUAGAUUUCAACGAUACUUGAAGACGCAUGUAUGAUUAUUGAGCAAUGGAACCACUAGAUGAGACUGUACCAGGACGACCCAAUGAAGGUCUACAGACAUGCUCAUCGUCCUCGAACGACCUGGUUUGCUACAGUUACAGGAAAACGGCUUGGCUCUCGAGCGAUCUAUGUAGCAACUUCGAUGUCGAAUUUGACC